AUGGCAUCUCAAGACCCUCCUCCUGCCAAGGCCGUAGCAACGGUUGUUGUGCCCAUGGCCGUCCAGGCCUUCAUCGCCGCCGACGACUUUGGAGACACGGCCUACCAGAUGGCACCGAUUGUCCAACCUGAUCUUCACAAGCUUCAGAGGCUCCAACAGCCAGAGAGAUAUUCCAAUCUGUCCGCAAUUGAGGGAGGAGGAGAAUGGGAUCACCUCGAUCUGAUGGACUGGGUGGACACGAGCUGGUGGCGGCUGCAGGCUGAGUACAACCAACGGUUUCGAGAUCUGGCAGCCGGAGGGCCGCGAAAGAGCCGCUCCGGAGUCUAUCUCAGUUGGUGCUUGCCAAAUGUGUAUCGAUCAGCCAUUACGGCGACUGAGAGUGCCAUCAAAACACCCCAGGACCGGCAGGAUUUCGAAGAGAGGAAGCUGCGGAGCGGAUAUAGAGUAACGGAUAACGACGGUAACCCAAUACCGAGUGAGAGUACUCAGUUCCGUGCUGUUCCUGACCGCUGGAUGGUCUUCAGAAAGCUUCGUGGCGGAGGCAAUGGCGAAGCAAUCGGCAAAGAGAAGUGGUUCAUGGUCGAGAGCAAUUGUCUGCGCGCCAUCGACGACGACGAGCUCCUUGACCCUGACGCUCCAGACAUUGAAGUCACAACGUCUGCAGGGAUCGAUCCAGAUGAUCUGCAACUAGCCACUACGGAGGAGAAAGAGCCUCCCAAGCCUAUGCGUAUGGGCCGUCAGGUUGAGUUGAAUCUCAAGAGCCUGACCGCGAAGAAUAACAGAAAGCAUCGAGUUCCUUUCAACGCGUUUGACAUGGGCCACGAAUUUAAUGUCGAUUAUCAGCCGCACAAUAUGGGGGUUUUCUCUCUUUUCGACGACUUGAAAGACUGGGUCAACGAUGGCGGUUCUGCCACCUUUGAUUAUGCCGUCGUGGGCUAUCAUGCAGACCCUCGGGACGACCCUCUGGUGCUUGAUCACUCUUUGCCGGCGGGCAAGCCUCCUCUGAAGAACAAAGACAUCAUGGCUGCUCUGGAGCUUGUGCUGGACGAUCGCAAGGAUGAUGACCCAGGGAAAGAUGGGGCCUUGCAGUUUCUCAACGCCGAAGCCAACAAGGACGGCCGGACUUUCACGUAUGGCGUGCUCCGUAACGUCCUUUUCGACCGGAAUAGCGUACGGCAUCUUGACGCUCCGUCUGUAAAGCUCCAGGAAGACGUGUACUCUCAUCAGCCGGUGGCUGUUGGACUGGACACGCUGGAUGCAUUGGCGGCGUAUCUGCAUGUUGCCCUCAAGGGUAAUACCUCGAGUCACGCGCAGAACCUCUUGAGCCAGAUUGUCAUGCUGGUCGCGCGAGAAGACGACGUCGAUACUCAACGCAAAGCAGCCGAUCAAGUGGCAAACCACUCUUGGGUUGCCCAGAAAGAGGGCACUGUUUGGCAUUUCCCAGAAAAGGACCAAUGGGACCAAAAGACGACCGCCGUCACGGAAGAACACCGCAUAACCUUGGCCAAGCUGAACAAUAUCCAGGCCCAGCUUGAUGCCUGCGUGCGUGAAGAGGAGCAGCUUCUUCAAAAGCUGUACGGCUGCUGGUGGAACGCAAUGGGGAUCCGCAACCUCCCUGCGAAUGUCCUCACAAUUCGCCGCGAGAGGAUUCAAAACGAAUCAAUGGCAAUAAGCAGUAGACUCCUCCUCUUGUCAGACAAGAAAACGGAACUGCAGUUAGAGAUUGCAAAGGAAAAGGCUUCCUUGGAAUGCAUGCUCGGGGGGGAGAGUAAGAAAACGAAACUUAUCACGGUUCCAUCGCCUGGAUUUGGCAGACACCAAGAUCCGGUUGUCCUCCUUGCUGGUGCCAAGUCUGGAUGGCCAGCCAACUUCUCAAAGCCGCUGCCCGUUCGCCUUGCAUCCGAAAUCGCCGUUGGCGAGCCUCCGUGUGACUGGCACGAGUGGAUUGACAAAUUCAUGGCGGACGUCCGAGAGCCUCUCCAGGCGAUCCUGCGAGAGUUCAGCGAGGCCGACGACACAAAGCGACGAGAAGGCAAUUGGCGCAAGAGCCCAUAUGUCGGCAUCGAGAAUAUGAACAACACACAGGGGUGGUUCCCGCUCUUUAUAGAGUGGGAGAUUGAGUACUACCACAUUCCCUUCUCCAACUGGGACUUUGUGGCGUCCGACGACGAGAGCGGACGUUGGCGAUGGAUCAUCCCAGACGACAAGAGGCUCGCUUUGGACUCGGGGGCGGCAAAGGACUGUCGCAGGAUCCGGGGACGCGCGCCAUUUCUCCCACAAGCAGCACUGAUGCUGCGUGCACGAUUGGAGCAGCUUUUUGCUCAAACAACGGACAAGGAGAUUUUGGCUCGAAAGGAUGAGGUCUUGAAUAAACUGUCUUCUUUGGAGUACUUUUCAGCUCCCUUGGCUGGAUUAGCGGACCAUCUCCUGACGCUUCGACACGGAGCAAAUCAUCGCCCAAGUGCUGCGUCAUGCUCCAACGACGAUAUCAUCAAGAGUAUGCUCGGCCUCGGCCCCGAUGUUCUUUGUAGGAUCGAGAGUCUGGCACCAGAGGUGGCCCCUUACGGCGCAUCCGCAACGGCCGUAUCCCCGCCUGAUUACUGGCUCAACAACGAUACCGCUUUCAAGCCCGUCAUGCAUGGCCAAGCUCGCUUCACGCGGCUGGUUGUGGUGGACAAGUUUGGGCAGAUUGUCUCGGGCCUUCGUCCCACGGUAUACGGAGACAAUGGCGAAGGAGAGUCCUCAGCGCUGUACCCUUGCCUGUCUCCCAGCCUGACAUGUGGCAGCUAUCAGCUGGAAGACGGUCCAAGGGGACACUACUGGCCAAACACUGUUGUUAAGGCAGACAAUGACCCCAACUUGUGCCAGUUCUUCCAGCUUCCCCCUCGCAUCAACGAGAACGCUCGCCUCAACGUCCGCUACAUGAUGCCAGGGGGCGCGAUUCGUUCUUCAGCUACGGAAUGGGACAAUCCCAUCUGGGCAUGGCUGGUGACCAACUUCCAGAACCAUUCCAUCCAGGUAUAUGAUGGCGAGGGCCACUUCAUGCAAGAAGUUGUCAUCAUCGACAGUGAUGAUACCGCCAAGCGCCGCGUCGUCUUCUCCAUGGGUCCCAGGUCUGGCGGCCAUGCACCCACGGCCACAGGCCAGCUCACAGAACUGCUGGAGUCUCUGAAGGAUCACGGAUUUGCGUAUUCCAUGUUUGACAUGAUUGGAGGGGCUGCGGAUGGAAACUGGCGCUCUUCAAGUGCAAGUCUUGACGACAUGCUGCCGGCUGCGUUUGGACGCCCGUUUUGUAUUGCCGACGUGGGCAUCUCAAUCGAGCUGGCCGCCCCGGCACUAUCUGAUGCGUCGCUCCUUUCAAGGCCUUCUACCUCAGGAGAGCCAGCAAGCAUUCUAGACUACGAGUUUCCCAUUGCCAUGGGCAACCACAUGGCUGCCUUCGACGGGCUUGUCGGAACGUUUCCCUCCAGCGGUCCAAUCACUACAAGCAAUAUCUCAACCGCAUAUAGUCGAUGGGCCAGCCAGCAAGCAAGCACCCCCAGCCAAGGUUACACUGCCUCAGAGGCUCGGCCUCAGCCAUUGUGGGUGAAGCCCUACUUCGUAGCAGGAGACGUGGGCGGCAUCGACGGCCAAGGGUUCGCCGAGGCACACAAUGCGCAGCUUUCACAGCACUGCGUCAGCGCCAUUAUCGAUGCCAAACUGCCGAUUCACUUGUACUCGGGCUCGUUGUUUCCCAUGGUCGAACUGAGUCUGCCUCGAUGGCCAGUUGACCAGGCGAUGAGCAACAUGCAAGCGUUCUUUGCUGUUGGGCCAAUGCUGGUGCCGGAGAAGCCCGUGAUGGAAUAUCGCAUUGAAGCUCAGCCCGGCGGUGAUGUGAAGAUUCCGAAGGAGCUUUCUAUACAGCUGCCGGCUGCUGGCGAUGCUGAUAACUCGUGGCGUUGGAUGCAGCCGAGACUGGAUGGUUUUGACCCCAACGCCGAUGACGACAGCGACGCCGAUGACCAUUCACUUGUUGGCAAUACGGAGUGGGAUCCCGCGCUGAUCAAGCCUCUGGACAAGACUUUGAAGGUCGAAGAUGCAGCGUUGAGUGAGAUCGUGGAGGGCUAUAUCAUGGUAAAGUCAAAGAUAUCAGCCUAA